AUGGCUCCCACACCUAACGUAGGAGAUUUGUCCGAAUGGGGCCUGGAGAUCGAUUUCCUCGUGGCCAAGGAGAGGCCAGGUAGCCGGAGCUGGGAGGACGACGACCGCUGGGCUUGCCCGGCGCAUGAACCCAACCCUCAGGAAGCCUGUGCGAGACAUUGCGCGGAAAUGAUCAAAGCGUACGCCUCCAGACAGCUCCUUGCUAAAGGGGGAAUGGGUUAUUGUGGACAUGUUGCUGCUCAGAACGAGACCAACUUCACGCCCAUCGACCUCUCCUCAGAGCGCCAGGCCCUUCCCCCAAGCAUGUGCAACUGGCUGUUCAGUGCUUCUCCAAACGCCACCUCUCUGAAGACAAGUCCUGACAAGUUAGACUGGGUUGGCAUUAGAAUGCGAAGCCCAUUCAGGCCCCUCCCUGAUGUCUUCCCCAGUGGCAUGCCGCCUGUCCCCGACUUGGUGCCCUCGGUGUCCCCUUCGAACUCUCCGUCUUCUUCCGGGUCCUCGGGGCCUCCCAGUAUUCCACCAUCACCACCACCGGAGGACUGGCCUCGUCUCGAGGUGGAGAAUGUCCUUGGAAUACUCCGCAACAAAGUCAAGAUACACGCCAAUUCGACUUGCCAGCUUCGGCUUCACUACACGCUUCGACGCGAGGGCUUUGACCUCGUCCAGGCCAAGAAGAUGCUCACUCUGUGCUGGAUGAUGGAGACGGAUCUAUUCCUGAAACUUCGACCUGCAGUGCAAAACCCUGGGCGCAACCACUUCUUGCCGAUGACUACGUCUUCCAAAAUCGCCAAGCUUCCGACCAAGUUUGAUGAGGGGUACAUGGCGGCGCUUCCCGAUGUUUGCGAACAGCGGCUUGGCGAGACUAGGCCCACCGGACCCGAAGCCGAUGAGCUGGACCAACAUAUCCCUAAGUUCAAGGAUUGCUGCCUCCAGGAGCGUAUCCAGGCCAUUUGGGACACCAGGACUCUCGCCGAGCUUGCCGACCUAAUCAUGAGCCCCGACGGCGAAACCACCAUCGCCAUCCACCUCCCUGGAGCCAAUCUCAGUCCAACCAUGGAGUUCCGCUACACAUCGUGGCACCCACAGAAGGAUUCGAUGGAAUACUGGCUGCGACUUAUAGGUCGCAUAUUCUUCUUCUGUAUGGGAUCCUCCCCAAAGGAAUUCAAGCACAUUGUCGAGCAGGUAGAUUCGAGCCUCCUGGAAGACCAGAAGUGCGAGGAGCAAGAGCGGUGGAAGCCACUGCUCGCCUAUGAGUUUGGAGCACGGAUGUGCUAUUUCUGGGAGGAAAGGUUCCUGAAGGAGGAGCUAGAGGGUCGAUCUCUCUCGCCGAAGAACCUUGACUGCCAGGGCAUCUUGGACAGGGUGGUCAAGGUUGCCUGUGUCAGCAUAGUUGAUCCGGAUUCAAACUCGGAUUCGAGGUCGACUUCAACCUCGGACGAGGACCUGUCUGCAAGUAGCUAA